GGGUAGUAUAAUGUGGUCAAGCAGCAGAAGGAACGGCUUCAAAUGUUGCCGCCAAAAUUGCAACUCUACUCGUCUACUAUUGAAACUCACUCAGCAGUCAAAAUCAUCGCUGCUAAGAACCUUCUCAACUCUCGCACUCGUCGCGGACAAAUGCAUCAGCAUGAAGCAGCUGAAACAGGUGCACGCUCAGAUGAUCGUUUCCGCCGUUAUCAACGACCACUUCGCCGUUAGUCGCUUAAUCUCCUCUUGCGCCCUUUCCCCCUUCGGAGACCUCUCCCACGCUUCUAGAAUCUUCCACUCCGCCCACCAACCCAACUCCUUCAUGUGGAACACCCUCAUUCGCGCCCAGCCCCACGCUCCCCACGCGCUCUCCCUUUACCUCAAUAUGCGCCGUAACGGCGUUUUCCCCGGCAAACACACCUUCCCCUUUCUCCUCAAAGCGUGUUCCCGCUUGCGUUCCCUGCCAGCUUGCAAACAGGUUCACGCGCACGUGCUGAAAUUCGGCUUGAGCCGCGAUUUGCACGUGGUUAAUGGUUUGGUUCGAGGUUACUCUGUUUCGGGUAAUGUUAACGAUGCACGCUUUGCGUUUGAUGAAAUUUCGGACCGAAGUUUGAGUCUUUGGACCACGAUGAUUUGUGGGUAUGCUCAGAAUUUCUGUUCAAAUGAGGCUUUGGCGCUUUUUGAUGAGAUGGUUGGUGAGGGUUUGGAACCUAAUGAUGUAACCUUGGCUUCGGUGUUGUCGGCGUGUGCCCGUUCUGGUUGUCUUGAGUUAGGAGAAAAAAUUCAUGAGUUUGUGAGAGUAAAAGAGGGUGGAGUGGGAGUGAUUCUUGGGACGGCGUUGAUUUAUAUGUAUGCAAAGAAUGGGGCAAUUGUGACAGCUCGAAAUUUGUUCGAUGAAAUGCCGGAGAGGAAUGUUGUUACUUGGAAUGCUAUGAUCUGUGGGUUGGCUGCUCAUGGACAUGUUGAAGAUGCUCUUUGUCUCUUUGAGAAGAUGAAGAAGGACCAGGUUGUUGUUCCCAAUGAUGUUACCUUCAUAGGGGUUUUGUCUGCUUGUCGUCAUGGUGGCUUGAUUGAUGUUGGUCGCAAGAUUUUUAGUUCGAUCGAGAUGGUGUAUGGAAUUGAACCAAAGAUUGAGCAUUAUGGGUGCUUGGUUGAUCUUCUUGGGAGAGGAGGUAAGUUGCUAGAGGCAGUGGAACUCGUAAAGGGAAUGCCAUGGAAGGCUGACGUGGUUAUUUUAGGAGCUUUGUUGGCGGCUUGCAAGAAUAGUGGAAAUACUGAGGUUGCUGAAAGAGUGGUAGAACAAAUUCUUGCUCUGGAACCUCAUAAUCAUGGAGUUCAUGUUGCUUUGUCGAAUAUGUAUGCAGAGGCGGGACAGUGGCAGGAAGUUUUGAAACUGAGAAAAAUGAUGAAAGAAGUGAGACUCAAAAAAGCACCAGGGUGGAGCCUUGUUGCCACUUAACUUUCUAUCAUGGCUUGUAUAUAGCAAAUACUGGUCGUCGUGGAACAGAUUUGAUUGUCUCAUCGAUAACCAAAGGUGAGGAAGUGAGUUAUAAUCUGAUAAUUUACCUGAUUCAACUAUAAACUAAUGCUCACUUCUUGGUCAAUCGAUAUUGACAUUAUGGAAAUAGUUAUGGUUCUAAAUGAAGUGUUGUUAUGCUACUGCUGUAUCGUAAAAUUGGAUGGUAAUAAUACCAUAAAAUGACAUAUUAUCGGAUCCGAGUUGCAAGCACAUAAGGCAUACUGCUAUUCCUGAUCUGCGUUGAAGCCCCUUAUAUCAGCUUUACAUGAGUAAGAGCAGUACCAAAGUAAGGGAUCCCAAUAAAGUGCUUGGUGUUGAAGCCCCCCUUAUAUCAGCUGAGAUACUUAAAAAGCUGUUAGUUCUAACCAACACCUGGUAUUGGCUGUAGCAAAUGUACAGGUAUAGCCUUUUAUAAUGCUGCUGAGAUUAGACAACAUACUUCCAAAAUCUUAUCAUUAUGUUGUAAAUACCAAGUUUAAUAUGUAAGUUAUGUGCUUACUUGUGUGCUUGCUUUGGGUGAUCAAAUAUUGUUCAAGUGUCAGGACUUAUUGUAGCAACAUGAAAGAGCUACAUUCAGCAGUUAAGUAGAUGAGAUGGAAAUGGAAGUU